UAAAACAUAGUCCCCUAUGAAAAAAGUGAUUAAUUUUUUAAGAAGCACCACACAUUUUCUAAGCAUUGUUUAUAGACAUAAUAAUGCUUUUCCCAUGUGUUACAGCACUGUACAAUGGAAUGUACAAAAUAGUUGGACGGAUGAUAGCUGUGUGCCUGAUACAUGGUGGUGUGGAGCCAAAUUUUUUUUCAGAAAGACUGUUCUGUCAGGUGUGCAACCUUCAGCCCCCAGUACCAGACCUUCAAGAGAUUGCUGACUAUGACUUCAGAGCAAAGAUGACCAAGAUCCAGUUGGCACAGAAUGUAAAUGAAGCACAGUGUGCUAUAAUGGAGGCGUCUGACCAAUUAAGUAUGCUGGGGUCUCUAUGGCACAUCCAGACGCUAGAAGACAGAGACAACUUAGUGGAAUCAGCUACCAAGUUUUUCAUCGAGAACAGGUUGAGGGAUUCCUUGGAACAAUUUAAAGAGGGCCUGGAGUGUCUUGGGCUUUUACAUUUGAUGCAAAAGCAUCCUCAGCUCUUUAAAGAAGUAUUUAUGUAUGAGGAGAAGCCACUUUUGGCCGAAGACAUAUCUGCUUUGUUUAAAGCAGAACUUUCUCCAGUUGGCAGCAACAGGAGAGUAGUGGAGAGUAGAACAAUCUGUUUCUGGAGGGACUGGCUCAUAGAAGUGGAAGAAGGAACUGCAUAUCCACUCACCUUAGACAAGAUUCUGGGAUUUGUGUCAGGAUCUACUGCUAUUCCGAGGCUAGGGUUCCCAGUGGAACCCAAAUUGGAGUUCUUACACCCUCAAGAGAAUGAGGCCCCUAAAAUUUUUCCAGAGGCAAAUACCUGCAGCAUUGUCUUGAGGCUACCAAUCCAUCCCAGCUAUGAACUCUUCAGAGAAAACAUGGAAAGUGGUAUUUUGCAAUCCCCCACUUUUGGAGUGAUGUAGAAAAAUUGUGUUGGCUGUUACUGAUGUAAUAGUUUUAAAUAUUUUCAUGUUUUAAAGUUUUAUUAUGAAACAUGAAGAGCUAAAUUGGCACACCACUGCUCUAAGAGUAGAAAAAUAUUUAUAUUCUCACCAAAAGUGACAUUUCAAGCCUACAAGCUCUUCAUCAGACAAUGAUCACAUACAUCAAACUAGAGUGACAUGAUCACCCACAUGACCCCCCGCCCCCCAAACCGAAUGGCAAUCAGAUAAAGGCAAUAAACAUAAAAGUGAAAACAACCAUUAACUACAAAUGCUGAACCUCAACAUAUUAAAAAAAAAAUACUUGCAAAAUAUACAUAAAAGAACAAUACUUUAUCUCUCACAAAAAUCAUUAAAUAAAAUGCCUGAUGUUAAGAAAACAAUCAACAUCAAGAUAGAAUCAAAUGUAAAUUUGAUU